CCGAUGAUUGACGCGGCGGCCAUUUUCCCGCUGGACGCUGCUUCCCAUUGUGGAUACGAAGAAGAAAAUAAGAGAGAAGCGAAACAUUUCUCACGACUUCUGCUCACUUUUCCCCUAGGUGAUAUUUAGUAGCCAUGGCCCGUACCAAGCAGACUGCCCGUAAGUCCACUGGAGGCAAAGCCCCACGUAAGCAGCUGGCCACAAAGGCUGCUCGCAAGAGCGCCCCUUCCACUGGCGGUGUGAAGAAGCCCCAUCGCUACAGGCCAGGUACCGUGGCUCUGCGUGAGAUCCGUCGUUAUCAGAAAUCCACUGAGCUGCUGAUCCGCAAGCUGCCCUUCCAGCGUCUGGUGAGAGAAAUCGCCCAGGACUUCAAGACCGAUCUGCGUUUCCAAAGUGCAGCCAUCGGAGCUCUGCAGGAGGCCAGUGAGGCCUAUUUGGUGGGUCUGUUUGAGGACACCAACUUGUGCGCCAUCCACGCCAAGCGUGUCACCAUCAUGCCCAAAGACAUCCAGCUGGCACGUCGUAUCCGUGGAGAGCGUGCUUAAAUGCUCUCUCCUCCUCCUCUUUGUCUUUAAUCUUUUCACCUCCUCCUGCCCUUCCUUCACCAGUCUGUCUCUCCGUCCCUCUGCCUUCCACCUGCCCCCUUCCUUCCUCUCUUCCUGUAUUAGUAGUGUGUAGAUGAUAACUGAUUAUAUUAUGAAUAAAUAAAGUGUAUAGUCGUGUUUUUCUUAGUGCUCUCGGCAGCAGACUUCUAGGGUACUCUCUUUUUGUGCAUGUACCAACUCUUUGGUGAUGAGAUCCCCUCAAGCACACAUCUCCUAUUUUGCACUGUUUCUACUCUGACUCUGUGGAGUAAAGGAUGAUUUAUGGAUAGAAAGAGGAAAAACAAUGGACUAGAACAAUGCAAAUUUGGGAGGGACAGACAAGAGGAGAGGAUGGGUAUUGUCUGCAGGGAGUCCCUUUUCUGCAGCAAGGUGCUAGAAGAACUUACCAGUCCUCUUCUCCUGCUUCCUCUGCUCUGCCAGCCUCCACUCUGAAAUGUGCAGAAACAAGAGCAUUAGUCUCUGCUCAUGAAGGCCGAGGUUGGAAUUUCUGUCCCUGCAUGUGUCUGCAUGAGUGCUGGCUCUGAUCACCACAGCAAAUUGUAUACAAUCCAUCUGCAUCCUUAGAGAAGUUGAUUUAUGAUUAUGCUGUCAUUUGUCAUGUUAGCUUUUUUUCCCUUCAAAUUAAGUCUCAUGCACAGGGGUUUUUUUUUUUUUUUUUCACUUCAAACUGUUUGUGGAUGACAUGGAGACGGGGAUGAAUCAGAUUAAAACACUUAACAGAGAACAGAAACAAAAUAAUUUUUUUCUACUGAAAUGUGAUGCUACUGACUCGCUUUGGCACCAAAGUUUGAACCUCUUGUAGAUGCUCUUUUCCUAACUGACAAGUGUUUAACCUCACCUGUUUUUGUGGUGUUCAAAUUGGUUUCAUCUAAUUAUUUAAAGCCAAAGUUUGAGAGCUCAAGGAUGGUGUCAGAGGUACUUUUUUAACAGUGGCUGAUUUUUUAAUAAAGGACCUUUUUAUAACAAAGGUUCAUCAAGGUUUGUAAUGUUCUCUAAAACCAAAAGUUCGCAAAGUGUGAAAAACUUUUUUCUUUUUUUUUUUUCCUUUUUUUUUUAAACAACAGAAAUGAUUAAAAUGUAUUGUAAAUCAGUGUUACAUGACAAAUAAUGGUCAUGUUUCUGUAUACGUCCCCCCUCUGUGCUUCUUUUUUUUUUUUUUUUUCCUCCGGAUCAGUUGAUCAUCUGUAUACCGUUUCUCAGGUUGACUUGUCACCCUUUUAACUUAAUUUUUAUUUUUGCUCAAUUUGAUUUUCUUUUUUUUUUUUGAAAUGUUGAGGAUGAUGUUUCAAUUAAACAAUGUUUGUAAUUUCCAGAUUUGUCAUAUAAGGUGGUAAUAAAUGGAUGUUACACACACACA